CAAGAUUCGAGUUUUUUCCGCCGAGAGAAGCGAAGACGGCGAUGAAGUGAGGACCAAACGUCAGCGAAUUAACCCGAAUUUUAACCACUUUUAAGCCACUUUAUUUAGUUCUAAUUUUUACCAAAGCUUCACAGAUGAAUGGGUUAUCGUUUUCAGAGAUUUGCUGUCUGUUUUGCUGUCCUCCUUGCCCGUCGAAAAUCGCUGCAAAGUUAGCGUUCCUUCCUCCCGAAGCGACCUACUCUUUUCAAGACUUGUCCGAAAGCGGAAAACAAGCGCUCCAUCUUUCUGAAAAAGCCGAAUGGCAAUAUGGACAGAAAGAGCUAGAUCUAAUCGAAGGUUUUACUACUAAAAGCAGCAAAGGCAACCAGAUCGCCUGCAUGUAUAUACGAUGCUCGCCAACUGCUCGUUUUACGAUUCUCUUCAGCCACGGGAACGCAGUCGAUUUGGGGCAAAUGUCAAGCUUUUAUGUUGGUCUCGGGACUCGAAUUAACUGUAAUAUUUUCUCUUACGAUUAUUCUGGGUAUGGAGUUAGCCAAGGGAGACCUUCGGAAAAGAAUUUAUACAGUGAUAUUGAUGCUGCAUGGCAGGCUUUACGUACAAAAUAUGGAAUCAGUCCUGAAAAUAUCAUUCUGUACGGCCAAAGUAUAGGAACAGUUCCAACCGUUGAUUUGGCUUCUAGGUUCGAAUGUGCUGGAGUUAUCCUUCAUUCUCCUUUAACAUCGGGAAUGAGGGUAGCUUUUCCCGAUACCAAAAGAACUUGGUGUUUUGAUGCUUUUCCAAGCAUCGAAAAAGUAUCUAAAAUAGUCUCUCCCGUUCUUGUAAUACAUGGAACAGAAGACGAAGUUAUAGAUUUCUCUCAUGGUUUAUCUAUUUACGAGCGCUGCCCAAGGACAGUCGAUCCUCUAUGGGUAGAGGGGGCAGGACACAACGACGUUGAACUUUAUGGACAAUACCUUGAAAGACUCAAGCAGUUCAUUCAACAAGAAUUGGCCAAACCUUCAAAGUCCAUMAGUGUUGUCUGAUCUGAACAACCAAACAAACAUCAUCUGGUCAAUCAAUCGAGAAUCAAUUCAAGUKUAAAUACAUGCACUUUUUUUUAUCCACUGCACAUGAAUUAAAUCACAAAAAAUUGACAUUUAUAAAACGAGUAGAGGAUGUUAGUGCAAGUUUAUCAAAUUCGGAAUUUGGUUAAUGUCUAACAAUAACAAGUCAAUUUUGUUUUAUGGGAUAAGUAAAUUAUUCUAGCAGACUUUCGAGGUAUAGAAGACAAGACAUUGAGAAGAUUUGGUCGCAGAAACAAGGCAAUAGUAAUUUGCACUCAUUCUGUUGUAACACUUCAUGYUUGUUUUGAAUGACUUGCACAGGUUUGAAGUCAUAUGGCAACAUAGGUUAUUGUUGGAUGUCAAUCAAGGUCUUUACACAACAUCAACAGGAUUCAAAUGCCUUGAUUGUCGGCAUGUGCCCUUGAAAAUUUCAAGGACGCAUGCCGGCCAGGCUGUGGAAUGUCACAGAAAUGCCUUGUUCCACCUCCAGUAAAACCUUCUUUGUCAUGACAGCCAAUUUCACGAUUCAUCUCAUUCUAGAGAACUAAGUUGAACUUAAAUCACCCAAGUAUACUAAAUUUACCAAGUAAUAAYAAUCUCUUAAGGCUAAUAAUUUAUUUACAUAGUACACAACUGUCAUGCACAACAUGCCUACGUUAAUUUUUAGCUGGUUGACAGUUGCAAAUCACCCUUAAUGUUGCCUUCUGCAGCAUGUCAGUAARUGGAGUCAGGGGAAGCCUGCUGCCAAGGACUCUGCACUCAAUUCGUCUAAAUUGGCCAAUUUUCAAACUUAGAAAUAUCUAACAUAGAUUCUACUCAUCAUCUGCCUAAUUCCAUAAAUUAUCAAUUUUGACACAUUUAUUUGCCGAAAAUCAUCCUCCCUACACGACUUUCAAAAAUGGCCGCCAAACUUGGUUUGGACUAGGGACAAUUAAAUGGAAGCAAGGUACGUAAGGCCCAAUUCGUAAACAAAGUCUACUCAGUAUGAUAUUUUGUGUCAAAGUCAUUCACCCUUAUUUCAAUAGACGCUUAAGAGAACUCGAAUUGGUGAAAUGAAUGACUUUGACACAAAAUAUCKUAUUGAGUAGACUUUGUUUACUAAUGAGGCCUUACUUACCUCGCUUCCAUUCAAUUGUCCCUAGUCCCAACGAGUUUGGUGGCCAUUUUUGAAAGUCGUGUAUGAUGUACAAAAUAACCUAGAUGGGUUUCAGAGGCUCUCUCACUUCAGUGAGAAAGGUUACUAAACCUACAAGGCACUGGCAUGAGAGAACCUGACCUGGAACCCUGGGGUAUGUGUAUUACACGGCAAAUUUUUGUCCAAGAUAGACAUUAUUWUAUUAACUUUAUAAGUUUACAUUCAUUCCCUUCUCUGUAUAGUGUGUCAUAUUAAAGUGUUGGGGAAAUUCAAAAA